UCGCUCCGCGUCUUGCGACAGUGUCGUAAAUUGUGUGUUGUGAGUGGAAAUUUGACCGGUUGUCCUCUGAGUUGACAGUUCAUCGCCCUUCAACGCCAAUUUCACUGUCUUUUGGUCGAAAUAGACAGCAGCCAAUCCUUAAACAAUGGCCGGGACAAUUGCACGGAAAGCUAUAGACCACCUGAAGAGCAAAGAAUUCAGGGAUUAUUUGACUAGGUAUCAUUUCUGGGGUCCAGUUGCAAACUGGGGUCUCCCUAUAGCUGCUAUCGCUGAUAUGAAGAAGAGUCCUGAGAUCAUCAGUGGCAGGAUGACCUUUGCUCUGUGUUGCUACUCGCUGCUCUUCAUGCGUUUUGCCUACAAGGUGCAGCCACGCAACUGGCUGCUGUUUGCUUGCCAUGUGACCAACGAGUCAGCGCAGCUAAUUCAGGCAAGCCGCCUCAUCAAGUUCAAGAUGGAGAAAAAGGCAUCUUAAUGUCAACAUGAAGAAUACGCCCAAGUAUCCCGUUACACCACAACAAUCCAAGCAGCGACACAAACUGUGCACAUAUCAAAUAAUGGAAGCUGUGGCUGUUUUUGUUGUCCUUUUCCCUUUUAACCAAUAUGUUCACAUAACUGGUCACCCUUGUCAAGUUUUAGUCACAUUUUACCACAGAAAUUCAGAUUGUCCCUGACUUGGUGCUUUGAUUUUUAUUUGUAUUUUCUGCGUUAUUAGCCACGAGUGAAUGUACUCUCAGCUGAUCCGCCUUGCUUCUUCACAAUUUUGCCAAUCGUAGAGUUGGACAUCUUUUUUUGCUCUUUCACAACGUCGUUUAUCUGGAAACUACGUUGGAAGUCUUUAGUGACUUUAGUGAGCAAACGCAAGGUGAUGACUAUUACCUAUGAAAUAAUAUAAAGUGAUUGAUUUUAGCCCUGCGUCUAUUUCUGCUGACCAAAUGUAGUGCGUGUUACUGUAAGUAAUAUUCAAAAGAAUUUAUUCGCAACUUUAUUAUCAUAUUUUCCCUAACUAAUAAUCUGAUUCUGUGGGUUUGUAAAAAAAAUAAAUAAACUGGCUAAAACCAACUUGA